UCGACGUCCGCACACAUUUUGUCUAUCUGUUCUUUGUUCUCCUCAACCUCCGGAGCUGCAUCAACCGCCGAAUCUUCUCUCAAUCCCUACAAAUCUAAUUCUGGACUCUAACUUUGAAUUCUCCCUCCCUUCUAGUUUUUUCCUUUUGAUCCAAUUGACUAUCAGGGAUUUUUAGAAAGUAGGGCUCAUUUAGGGUUUUCGUGGCGUUCAAAAUCAAACGAUGUCGCCGAUUAAGUCUUCGGCGAAGACCCUGUCGAGGCUUUUGGGGCGGCGAUGCUCGUCGGUAUUGGCUGGUAAAUCGUGCGGAGAAAGCGCGAAGUGGCCAGAGCGACCUGUAUCGGUUCGAUGGAUAAAUGUUGCUGCGCAAAUUGGCAACCCGGUUUCCCGUGCAUUGGGGGAUAGUAGGAUGGGCAGAGGCUCAUCUAUUGGAAGAUUUUCAUGCGGUGCUCAGUCGAGAUGGUUCCUAGGCGUUGGAGACGGUGAAGAAGGCGAUGUACUGGGCAAGUCGCAUCAGGAACGGGUUGUGAUGGGGUACACUCAGGAGCAACUUUUUAAUGUUGUUGCAGCUGUUGAUUUGUAUGAAGACUUUCUUCCAUGGUGCCAACGCUCUAGGAUUAUUAGGCGAAACAAUGAUGGAUCUAUGGAUGCUGAACUAGAGAUUGGUUUUAAAUUUUUGGUUGAAAGUUAUGUGUCGCAUGUGGAACUUCGGAAACCAACCUACAUAAAGACAACAGCAUUGGACACUGGACUAUUUGACCAUUUAAUUAAUAUUUGGGAAUUUAAUCCUGGCCCUGUUCCUGGGACUUGUGACCUACAUUUUUUGGUGGAUUUUAAGUUCCAAUCUCCACUGUAUCGCCAGGUUGCUACCAUGUUCUUUAAGGAAGUUGUUUCCCGUCUUGUACGUUCCUUCAGUGAGCGCUGCCUCAGAGUAUAUGGUCCUGGCAUUCAGCAUCUAGAGAAAUCAUAUGGAGAGGCUGGGAGCUCUCAUAGAAGAUAAAACCUCCCUAAGAACUUUUUUUAUAUAAAUACGCAAAGCAGAGGGAUUUCUGCAUUCAGGUUCUACACUGAUUUUGAUAAGCUUCAUGUUUAUUUUUUUUAUUUAGCUCUCAGGCCACCGCCAUAUUGUCCUGGCCUGGGAUAACUAAACCAAAAUAUCUCAUAGCCUUCUUAUUAGCGUCUGUGACAUGAAAUUUUAUUCUUUUUGGUUUUAAAGAGAAUCUGAGGCAGGAUGUGAAAUUUUGGGUACAAGCUGUAAAAUGACAUUUAGUUGAGAGAAAUGAAGACUACCUGGUUGGAAAUACUUAGCA